AUGGUGCUCUCGGUGUGGCGGGCCGCGACCCUAGCGCGGGGUUGCACCCUGGCGUUCAUGAUCGCCUUUGAUCUCAUCGUCGACGAUUACGACACCUCCGGCUCGUUGUCACCCGGCCCAGGUCCGCGGGACCCGUCGUCUUCCGCGCUAUGUCGACGAGCGGAGGGAUUGGUGACCUGGGACUCGGUGUACUUCGCGCGCGUCGCGACGAACGGUUACGAGUACGAGCAGACGCACGCGUUCUUCCCCUUGCUCCCGUGGCUCAUGCGAGCGCUGUCGCCUUUGUUCGGUGGUGGGUCGUGCGGGGUCGCGGUAUCGGGCCUCGCGGUUUCGAACGCAGCGCACGUCGCCUCCGCGGUGGCGCUGGAGCGACUCGGCACCUCGAUCCUCGACGACGAGGUGCUGGCGCGUGCCGCGGCUAUGCUCUACGCGUUCAAUCCCGCCGCGGUGUUCCACAGCGCGAUAUACACCGAGCCGCUGUUCGCAUUCCUAUCUUUCACCGGGUGCCUGCUGCUGGCGAGGACGAGGAAGAACGCCGCGUGCGUCGCGUUCGCUCUCGCGUCUCUCGCGCGUUCGAACGGGGUUCUCAACCUGAUUCACCUGGCGUUCGACUUUUGGCGCUCGGCGCUCGCGCCGGCGCUGAGACAGAUGCGACGGCUUUGGGGAGAGGAAGAAGAGGGCGGUCUGGCGACGGCGUCGUUUGUGUUUUUGGCUCGCUGCGUGUCGGUUUUGGCGCCGACGCUAUGGUUUCAAUGGAUGGGGUACCGCACUUUCUGCCUCGGCGGAGGAGACCCGAACGGGUACUACGCUGCGAACCCUAGGCCGUGGUGCGCGUCGUGGAGGCCGUUCCCGAACGUAUACGCCUUCGUGCAGGAUCACUACUGGAACGUCGGGCUCUUCCGCUAUUACUCGCCGAAACAGCUGCCAAACUUUCUGUUGGCACUGCCGGCGUUGGGGGCGAGUGUGCACGCGGCUCGUGCGUACGUCAAGGGCGCGGACGAGGACGCGACGUGGACGAGAAAGGAGCCUCUUCGACCGUUCAUGUUUCAGUGGUGCGUCAUGGCCCUCGCCGCGGCGGCUGUGAUGCACGUCCAGGUGGCGACGCGUUUCCUCUCCGUCAGCCCCGCGGUGUACUGGUACCUGGCGAAGGUCGGCGCAAACGAGGGUGCGGGGACGAGAAAGAUACGAAGGAUCGUCAGCACGUACUGCGUGGUGUUCGGGCUCGUCGGCACCCUGAUGUUCCCGACCUUCUACCCGUGGACGUGA